AUGGUGCCCGUAACGCACACGCGCAUCAUCGUCAUCGUCUCGCAUUCGCACUCCCAUUCUCAUACUUCGCCAAUCCGCUCUCGUCCACGCGCAUCUUCCGCCCUCGCUGAAUCCAUCUUCAUGCCGCACCCACGUCCACGCAUCGCCCCCGUCGCCGACCCGAUCACAGCAUCCAUCACCACCACCCCAUCUCGCGUCGCACGCUUCGCCUUCCCAUCCUCUGCUUGCAUACUUUCUCACCACAGCUUGCCGCGCAUCUCCAUCUCCAUCUCCAUCUCCAUUCUCAUCUUUGGUCCUUGUCUUGCAUCCAUUUUCGCGCUUCCUUUCUCUCGAGCCCCCCUCUAG